AUGAAGAUCAAUUCUAGUGAGCAGAAUAUCGCUAAUGUGCUGGCAAGGUUCGAGUCGGCACUGGAACCGGAGCUAGUCACUGCAGGAGCCAAGGCUGCGGCGUCAGAGAUCAAAGCUGUGCUUUUAGAUCUGUACAGACGACAAGGUCCACAGAAAGAUCUGCUGCAGAAACUCAUUGAGAGCGGCAAUGAGUUGAAAAAGGACAUCGAACAGUUUCUCCGGUCGGAAGCACCACAAACCAACGGGUUGGGUCACGCUGCAACGAAUCUCAACUGUUUUGAUGACCUCGCACAGCACUACGAUAAGCUGUCCACUCAGCUGUUCUUACUUUUGGAGGAGCUGAGAACAACGCCUCAAGAAAGCGCGGAGGUUGCAAAGUUGAUGAGACGUGGCGCAGAAUGGGAGGUUGCCUACUUUGAAGGCAUUCAGAAAAUUCCAGUUGAGAUGCCUAGCCAUGUGGAUCUGCUCGACCCUCCUGCCCCAGAGCUUUCUCACGAAUACCUGCAGCGGUUCUUCGAUGGGAAGAUUCCUGGACUGCAAGUCAAGAAGUUCGAAAGGCUGUCCGGUGGCCAUGGGAAGCAGACGUAUCUCUGCACAAUCCUGCGACCAGACGGAACAACAGAAGACCGGAUCAUUCGGAAAGAAGACCCAUGUCCAGUGAUCGUUCAUCCGCAAUUCGGUCUGGAACGAGAAUACGCUCUGCUCAAAGCCCUCAACAAGAUCGACUUUCCUGCUCCCAAGGUCUAUGAGUUUGGGAAACAAAUUCCAGGCCCGGACGGCGUUGACGGGGCAUUUGCGACAAUGCAGCUUCUGCCAGGUGCCAUUCCCAGCAAUUUUCUGGCCUCAGGGGGAUCUAAGUUCUCUGAAGACCUUCUGCUGCAUAUGGCUGAAGUUCUCGCGAAACUGCAUUCGGUUCCGCUGGAGAUCUUCUCCGACUAUUUCGAGGCCUGGGAAGACCCGAAUAUCGCCAAGCAGACGACGCGAGACAGAUACCAGAAUUGUCUGGAACAAUGGAUCGAGUACUCUCAAGAAUUUGAGCAUCUCCCGUCGGCGUAUCUCGUGUGGAUACUCGACUGGCUGCUCAAGCAUAUCCCAGAAGACUCUAGGGCGCCUGUUCUGGUGCACGGCGACUAUAAUGUGCACAACGUCCUGGCUGAGAAUAACCGCAUGACGGGAUUGUUGGACUGGGAAACGGCAGACUUUGGCGCCCCAGAGCAGGACCUGGCGUAUAUCCAGCCGUUGGUAUCGAAGAGUAUGGAGUGGUCGAAAUUCCUGCAGCACUAUCACGCAUGCGGCGGCAAAGAGGUCGACGAGUCUCGGUUUCCGUUCUAUCUGGCCUACGGUGUUUUGAGGGUUGUGCUAGCAUUCAAUCGUGCGACGUUAAACCUGCAGAAAAGGUGGUCGCCGGAUAUCCGGUUCAACAUGGUGGAGUUGGGCUAUCAGGCUGUGUUCAUGCGCAUGGGUUUGUCAUAUACCGAGACUGCGCCGAGUUGA